AUGUGCAAGGUUUCUCAAUCUACAGUGCGUAAUAUCAGUAAAGUUGUGCAACAAGGGGAGUCCAUGACGCCGAAACGUUCCGGAAAAUGUGGACGCAAACGCAUCACUACGCCUCGAGAUGAGCGAAAAAUUCGGCAAAUAACCAUAGAAAAUCGGAAUAAACCCAGAAAAGUCAUUAGAGAUAUUCUCGAAAAGGCUGGAGUGACUCUGUCCGACAUGACGUUACGUAGAAGAUGGAAGGAACAAAACUUUUCCUGCCGUCGACCAUUGAAGAAGCCGAAAUUGACUCCUGCCAUGCGUCUGAAACGCCUAGAGUUUGCAAAAAAAUAUAAACACUGGACUGCAGAAGACUGGCAUAAAGUUUGCUUCUCUAAAGAGUCGAGUAUCCAGAUCUUGGAAGACCAUACGCAGUUUGUUCGUAGGAGAUCAAAUGAGAAAUUCAAAGAAGACUGUAUUGUAGAGAGAGUGAAGCUAUCCCUAAUGAUCUGGGGAGUUAUCAGUGCAAAGGGUAACGGACGCCUCUACAUAGUGGAAAACACCAUACGGCAGGAUCAGUACAUUAAAGUUCUGUCAGAAAAACUGAUCCCACAGACAUCAGAGUGGUUUCCUAAUAAGGAUUUCCUGUUUAUGCAUGACUCAGCCCCAUGUCAUAAAGCAAAAAAAGUGGCAAAAUUUCUAAAUGACCAUCAGAUAAAGGUGUUGGAAUGGCCUGGUAUCUCUUCAGAUAUAAACCCCAUAGAAAUAUCUUAUAUCUGA